AUGGCGCCCGGAAGAUCUCGCACAGGCUGGUGAGUGGAACAUGAUAAUGAAGGACGGAGAAAUGCAAUGCGCCGCCGCCAUCCAUGAGGUCGAGAGACUCGCUAAACCUGCCCUUGGUCCAGUCUCACCUGCCGUCAACGCAAGGUAUUGCCCUCCUCCCCCAUCCAUCUGUGCAUCACACCACCACACACCGCGGCCGAGCACGUGGGACGACGUUCCAAUGCUGAUGCGGUACGUGGAAUCUGCAGCUCAAGUGCAGCGAGGAGAGACCGAUCUGCGCGCAAUGCGUCAAGGCCAACCGCGAAUGCGUCCCCAGCUCCGGCAUCACUUUCCGCCACCAGCAGAACCCAUCGCUGAAUGGAGAGGACCAGGAGAGCCUCAAGAGCUUCUACGGCUACAAGGAGACCUUUGGCAAGAGUACCACAUGGGUUGAGAUCCCCAAAGACCUCACCUUUGUCCACACGAGCAACCCGUACGAGGAUGAGGAAGGCGAGGAUCUCUCCCUCCUGACUGCCAUACCAGCUGCUGCCGACAACGAUGCACGGCGAGAACACGCCUACAGUUCGAUGAGCCAGGCAUCGUUUCCUGCGUAUGCCACACAUGGUCUGGAGGCGCUGAGCGCCGUCGCCAGCCGGGACCACUACAACUAUGCACCCCCUCCGAUGACCCAUCACGAGCGAACAACGUCCACAUCCCACCACUCGAAAUCAUCGACCUCUCCUCAGCACACUCAUCCGACCCCGAGCCAAAACCUGGAUUUCAUCCUGAAUCCCACAUCCACGCUGUCACCCGCAGAGAGCAAUAUCGAUCCGCAGCUGCAUUCCCAGACACCCACCGCUGGGCCGCCGUCUCAACCAAGCCCUUCACAUGUACGUACCGCUUCGUCCGCUUCACACGGCGGACGGACAAACUCACGGUCGAAAGGAUUAAACCGGCGACCCCCAAUCGAGGAGCCGCAGCUAGCUUUCCUCCUGAGAGACUAUGCGGAGAGGUGAGAGAGAUCGACAUUGAAUUGGAAGCAGACUUCGUCUAACGUCAGACCUCAGACCUGGCCUGUGGAUGGACCUGUACGAUCUUGAUCUCUUCUUCGCGGCAAAAGUUCCAGUCAUUGCCGUGACUUGUCCGCUGCUUUUGUAUUCGUGUGCAUCAUUGUCUGCAAAGAGCCUCGGGAGGGUGGCGGGCAGGAAACCCGUGAUGGUGUGUAGUGGAUCGUGAAGAGGAAACCUGUGCACCAAAGACUGACUGACUGUAUCGCUGCAGGGUGGCCAAGUCUCAGCAUCACGACAAAGUCACCUCGAAUUCUGGCCGGGUCCUCCACUCGAUCCAGAGGGCUGGAUUCGAAAAGGAAGGGAAUAUUAUGACAUUGGUAUCUCGCUAUUGAGGCAAGCGCUCGCAGGCGUAUCAAGGCCGCCGACAUCCUCGUUGCCCGAAGACGCAUCUCCCACAACCCUCUUUAACGUGCGAGCAGAGCCCCUUCCCACCACAGACUCAGAUGAACUCGUAGCCGCCACGGCAAUCCUCUGCGUGUACGAAUUUCUAGACGCGUCGGGUCCCGAAUGGUCACGGCAUUUGGAUGGCGCAAAGACUCUGUUCGAUGUUACCAAAGAUAGGAUGAUGGUGCCACUCACGCUCCCGCCAUCCCCUGUGUCCAUCGCACAGCAGGUUACACAGAGAUUAGCGAGCCAAUCGGGGUCGGAAGAACAACAGCAACAGAGGCCUAUACGGGGACUCAGCCAGGGGAGGCGAGCGGUGUUCUGGAACUUUGCCCGCCAAGACAUGCUAUCGGCCUUUAUCAAUAACAACUCGACGCGUCUCGACACGGGAGAUUUGCACAUGUGGCGUAGCGCUGGGCUGAAGCUGACGGUCGAUGGCUAUGUAUCGCCUUCGAAUCCACAGAACCCGGAUUAUGUUGCGGAGCAGGCCAUGGGUGAUGAUGUAUGUCCCGUCAUGACGACGUUUGAAUGCAUGCGGCUGACAGAGUAUAGAUGAUCGGCAAUGCACUUGUCUGGUUGGUGAUGAAGCUUGUCAACUUCAUCGCUGCGGGCGAUGAUCUUCCUGAUGGCAUGUCCCCGCUCGGUCUGGGCGUUCGGCAACAAGAAUUGCUGGAGUACUGGGAUAGUCUGCACGAGCAGCUUCGCGUCUGGCAUGCUGGAUUGCCCGACGGCUUCAAUCCAACCACCAUUUACAUGGGCGACACCGACAGCGACACCGAGAAGUGGUUUCCGAGGCCCAUAUGCGCGAGUACGAUGCAGUGGUAUCAUUUUGCCAGGAUACAAUUGCUACACAACAAGCCGCAUCUAUCCACUGCUACUCCGAUUCGUUCGGCUAUGGGUCAAGGGGCUCCGGGAACGUCCUUGGCAACUCGCUACGCGAGUUAUGCGUCUAUCCUCCAACAGUCGAGAGACCAUGCGAAAGAGAUUGUUGCUAUCGCGCGCGGACGCUCCGACGAGGGCACGCGGAUUCAUGGACUCCAACCCCUUUGGACCGCUGGUCUCGUUCUCGGCAACGAUGACCAGCAGGGCGAAGACGACGCUGUUAGCCCGGAGACGGAUGGCUGGCGACGGACCAUUGUCGGGCUUCUACGCGGAAUAGAGAGAGACAUGGGCUGGGCAAGCGAAUACCGCGUACAGAGUCUCUUCAAUCUCUGGGGCGUGUCUUGGCCACUCAGUCCCGGCUGA